GUUUUGUCAUGCCACGGCAGUAAAACGACAACAGUACCGAAAAUUUACGGAAAAUCAGCGGGUGUUACAUCUCAACAACAUUUACUAGAAACGCGAUAAAGUGUCACCGAAUGCAGUUUCAAGCGAUACCGCUGAUAAAUUGACGAGCUCCGAACAGCUCCGACUUUCUGAUCCAGCUACCAUUCUCGAAGCUAACCUCAAAGUGCUCCCGAGAUCUCUGGGCAUCCGAGUCAUAGAGUUCACGUAUUCGUCCUUACCGACAAAGCAAGUGGUUGGACUUGACCGUGAUGAGCGCUGUCAGGUGUAGGCUGUCACUCCAGCUCUCCAAAGACACAACGCCGAAAUACCUCGGGCGUACCGAAGAGGAAAAGAGCAGGGUAAAGAAGAAAGAAGGGAAGAGGGAGAAAAGAAAAAGUGCCGAAGGCGCGCAAAUUGCUAAACGAAUUUGCGGAUCCUCGCAGAUACCCAACCUGGGGAUCUUCCAUCGAGCAUCGCGGAUAAUAAAGCUGUUCGGCAGGACGCAGAAGUCCAGGUCAAUGUCCAUUCGAAUUAACGGCGAUCAAAAUAAGAUGCGAAUUUUGGGCCUGAUUGUAAAUGUGAUCCAUCGGAUAAUAGAACUAAUUGCUAGAGGACUGUUUCUUUUGGUGGCAUUUUUCAGUGGACCGGCAGAAUCGCAACCGCCUAUUAAAGACCUAACUCUCUUAAACAGUGCUACCGCCCUGGCUAUCAAGAUACGCAACAAACAAUUAAGAUCCGAAGACGUGGUGAAACGUUAUAUUGACAGGAUCAAUGAAAUUCAACCAAUUUUAAAUUGCGUCGUCGAAGAUCGCUUUAAAGACGCUCUCGAAGAAGCUAAAAAAUGCGACGAAAUAUUGAAUUCCCCAGAUGCACCUUCCGUUCAAUGGUUGGCCGAAGAAAAGCCAUUUUUUGGAGUGCCAUUUACAACAAAGGACUGCAUCAGCAUCAAUGGGAUGAAACAGACGGCAGGACUCGUCAUACGAAAGAAUUUGAUAUCUGACAAAGAUGCGGAAAGUGUACGAUUAUUGAGAGCUGCAGGCGCCAUACCUAUUGCAACGACGAAUAUCUCCGAAGUAGCAAUGUGGUGGGAAAGCAGUAACUGUUUAUAUGGAACAACGAAAAAUCCAUAUAAUACAAGACACAUUGUAGGGGGCUCUUCGGGAGGAGAAGGAUGCUUACAAGCAGCAGCCGGAGCUCCCUUCGGUAUUGGUUCGGAUAUUGGAGGUUCUAUACGUAUGCCUUGUUUUUUUAACGGUAUUUUUGGACAUAAACCUUCUAAAGGAAUCGUUUCAAAUAAUGGACAGUAUCCAAGUCCUCAUAACGACGAACAAAAUGAAUUACUUGGAAUCGGUCCUAUGUGUCGAUAUGCACAAGAUAUGUUACCACUACUUAAAGUACUUGCAAGUGGAAAAGCUGAAACCCUCAAGCUUGAUGACAAAGUUGAUAUUUCGAAAAUCAUGUUUUACUAUAUGGAAGAUGAUGGAGGUCAAUACGCCGUGUCACCAGUGGAUCAUGAAAUAAAAAGUGCAAUGAAGCAAGUGGUACUUUAUUUAGAAAAAGCGCACAAAGUGAAGGUAACCAAAGUAAAUUUCAGAAAAUUGAAAAAAAGUACAGCAUUGUGGCUAGUGAACAUGAGUCCAGAUGAAGGAAAAAGUUUUGCAUAUGAAUUGGCAAAUAGAAAUGGAAAAUUAAAUGUAUGGUGGGAAUUCCUAAAAUGGUGCUGUUGUUUAAGUUCACAUACACUCAUUGCUCUUUUGACUGCCAUCUUUGAAGGAUUUGGUGUAAAACGUGGUUCUCCACAAUAUGAGAAGCUUAUGCAAGAAAGUAAAGAUCUGUGUCAGGAAUUUAAGGAUUUAUUAAGAGAUGAUGGAGUGUUUUUAUAUCCAACUCAUCCGACAGCAGCUCCGAUACAUCACGAGCCACUCAUAAAACCCUUCAAUUUCUCCUACACAGCAAUUAUGAAUGUUUUUGGGUUUCCCGCUACCGCGUGUCCACUUGGUCUCAAUAAACAUGGUCUCCCAAUUGGUAUACAGGUUAUUGGUGGCCUAUACCAAGAUCGCCUAACACUUGCCGUUGCCGAAGAGCUAGAACGAGGCUUCGGAGGCUGGGUACCUCCGCCAAUUAUAGCAUAACUUAACGUAUUUGACAAUAAUUUAAUUCACAUGCUCAUGCAAAGCCGGAAACUUACCAAACCAUGGCUUCAUAAUUAUUCAGUCCAAGGGAAAUACAGCUGUGAGUAAUGCCAAUGUACAACAUGCAAUUUUAUACGUAAAUCAACAAGAAGUAUUAAUGUCACCAUGUGUGCUAGCAUUGAAUGCGGUUGUACAUUACAGCUAAGGCCAUAAAUCUAUUCUUGUAAUGGCUAAAGAAUGAAUUACAAAACUCAUUAUUUACCGUUUUCAUAAAAUUUGUGAAUUCAGUUUAACACUAAACCUACCGACGAUUUAUAACCCCAUUACGAAAACCAUUUAAAACGGUCAAUUUGACCCGUCGGUGGUAGGUUUAGUCUUAAAUUAUAAUUCUUAGUCCAUACACUUCAUGUAUUUACACAUGGCAGGUAUGAACUUAUAAGAUAAAUUAUUUUUUUACAUUAAUGAGUAAGGAUACAGAGCUGUUUUUUUUUUCGAGUACGAUUGUUGAUCCAUAAACUGCUCGUCGUGUGUGUUCGUCCAUUUGUUGCAAUGACACAGGGUCCAAGCGACCAAAUGCACGAUGUGCGCGUUACUUUACAAUGCAUACGUUUUGAGUCAUUGCAUUAUAUACGGUCAUUGCGCCGUAUUGGCAACUGAUCACCGACGCGGUGAAGAUCGUUCCAUAUGUCUUGAAACAUUUGAGUACACCUGUUCGAUGCAUUCAUCCAACAAACGUAUUGACAUAUUCUAUACCAUAGAUUUCUACUUUUAUAUACCUCACAGAUUUUCGUACAGAAUUUUCUAUUUUAAUAUGAAAUCAAGAAGAAAUGGGGUGCUAUAGUUGCAUAAUGUCUAGUUGUAUAAGUUCAGUGCUGUUUAACUUUUGUAAUGGCAGUAAAGCGAUAUACAUAUUUUAUUAUGUACAGAAUAAAUGAAUAAUCAUAUUAUUUCAAUAAAGACUUGAUUUGUUUUA